AUGAGCGCCCUCGGGACUGACGAGGAGCUCCAUGCCCCCCAGGGCGAGCCCGCCAAGGAGCUUCUCGAGGGCCGCAUCUGGGUCGAUGGCUGCUUCGACUUUUUCCAUCACGGCCACGCCGGCGCCAUGGUCCAGGCCAGACAGCUGGGCGACGAGCUCUACGUCGGCGUGCACUCGGACGAGGACAUUCUCGCCAACAAGGGGCCGACCGUCAUGACCCUCGAUGAGCGACUCGCCGCUACCAACGCCUGCCGCUGGGUGACAAAGUCCAUUGGCCACGCGCCCUACGUGACGCAGCUGCCCUACAUCUCCCAUUACGGCUGCAAGUACGUGGUCCACGGCGACGACAUCACCUCGGACAGCAACGGUAACGACUGCUACCGCUUCGUCAAGGAGGCCGGGCGCUUCAAAGUAGUUAAGCGCUCGCCCGGCAUCUCGACGACGGACCUCGUCGGCCGCAUGCUGCUCUGCACAAAGACGCACUUUAUCCACUCGCUCCAGAAGAUGCUCGUCGGCGAUGAGGGCUACGGCUCCCACGAUGAGCGCCUCGCCCAAGGCCACGCCAUGAUGGAGCGCAUCAAGCUCUACGCCACCGACGAGACGGCCAAGGCCCCCGGCGCCGACGUCUGGUUCUGGUCCGCCACCGCCGCGCAGACGGCGCCUAACGCGAGCGGCUCCUUUGGCAAGCUCCUCGGCGGGCGAGGGCCGCGUCCGGGACAGCGCAUUGUCUACGUCGACGGCGGCUUCGAUCUCUUCUCGAGCGGCCACAUCGAGUUUCUGCGAAAGAGGCGCGCAGCCGACGGCGGGGACUAUGGGUCCGCGUUUGUCGUCGUGGGCGUCCACGAGGACGGCGUCAUCAAUGAGUGGAAGGGCAUCAACUACCCCAUCAUGAACAUUUUUGAGCGCGGGCUGUGCGUGUUGCAGUGCAAGUACAUCAAUGCCGUCGUCUUUGGGGCGCCGUUUACGCCCACCAAGGCAUAUCUCACGUCGCUGCCGUGGGGCCCACCGGACGCCAUCUACCACGGCCCGACAUCGUUUAUGCCCCUAACGUACGAUCCGUACACAGACCCCAAGGAAAUGGGCAUCUACCGCGAGAUUGGCGAGCAUGCCUUUUCCGAGGUCAACGCGGCCGAGAUUGUCCAGCGCAUCAUGAAGAGCCGAGACAUGUACGAGGCACGGCAGCGUGCCAAGGGCGUCAAGGCUGAGGUGGAGGCGGCGGCCCGGCGGCGGGAGUUGAUGGAAGAGGAGCAGCGCAAGGUGGAGGCGGAGAGGAGCGAAGGAGCAUGA